UGUUUACUUAUUUAAUAGGCCACAAGCGUCUAUAUUUAUCGCUACGAUGGCUGUGUAAUUCAAUGAGCGUUGAUUUGUGUCAUCAGUCAUGGGAGUUCAGAUAAACUAUUUUAGAUAGAAAAUUUACCCCCUAUCGUAAUCUUUUAAUAGUGAAAGUUUGUUCUGUGUCUAUCAAUAAACAGAGACGUACAAUAAAAGUGAAUACAUAUUUUAAUGAUUAUGUAGAUUGUGAGUUGGCGGGAAUAUUGCCGGUGUACUAAUAUUAAGUUGACGCAUCACCAAAAGCACUAUGACUUCCGUGGAAGAAGGCGAGACGCCGCCUGAAGAGGUCCCGGCGGGAAACCCAGAAGAAUUGGCUAAAAACCCAACAGCUCUUAAAGAGGCUCAUGAGAAAAUGGCAGCCCUGGAUGUUUUGGUAUGUGGCCAGUGUCACUCAGCAUUCCAUUUUGUUGAAGAAUUUAAAGAACAUAAAGAUGCCAAUAAUUGCACUGGGAAGUCUCCAGUUAGAGAUAGUAAUGAAAGUAAAGCCCAAGUCUGGGCCUUUCUCCUAUGGAAGUGUUCAUCAGUUCGUGAUGGAUCUACAGUGAAUACUGACAAUAGUUGGAAGCUGUACCAGCAGUGGUGUCGCAUGGCGGAAGCGCAGCGGACAGCCUGGAUCACAGCUGGGUCAAAUGUCCAGUCCCUGUCUAAAUUUGCUCAUGCUAAAGUGAUGGAAGUAAAAACUGAAGAUCAACUUGUUCCCAUUCAAACACCAGUUCCACAGGAAGUCAAGAGACGUGGCAGGCCAAGGAAAACACCUAAACCUGAGGAUUCUGAAACUCAGCCCUCUGGGGAAGAAAGUGAUGAUAUUGUUAAAGCUAGCCCUGGGCUGAAGAGCUUAAAUAAAGUACCAAUACCAAACCAAAACAUAACCAAAACUAAGGAGUCAAAUGAUAAUGUACGGAAUGCUCAAGAGCGUGUGCCGCCUGAAGAGCGUAUCGCGAGACGUACAGAACGGCAAGGCGACUCUACAGAGGCUGGCGAGUAUGUCGUGGAGAAGAUCUUGGCCAAGCGAUUCAACCCUCGCAAGAAACAAUACGAAUAUUUGCUGAAGUGGGAGGGUUAUCCACAUGAACAGAAUACAUGGGAGCCAGUAGAAAAUAUGGAAACUUGUAAACAUCUUUUGGAUGCAUUUGAGAGGCAGCUCGCACGACAGAAGGAAUUGAAGGCACUCCGCGCACAGCAGCAACAGCAACAUCCUGUACAAGUGAACCAAAUAAGUACACCAUUGCCACAGGUCGUCAAGCAGGUGGUCAAGAAGGAGAGUCCUGCUAUCACACCAUCUGGUCGCCUUCAACGCACGAGUAAGGUUCGAGCGCUAGACCAGGUGAAGGCCUGGUGUGGAGCUGACGACGGCGAACCGGCUGCCAAGAAAGUCAAGAAGGAGCUCUCCAGUGAAGACGAAGACUACUCCGACCCUGACUCCACCAAAGCCGACAGGAAAGUGCUGAAUGGACAAUCAUCACCCAAGUCCACUCUGGACCCUGAGCUGGUGAAAUCACUCGGCCUCGGUGGGAAAGGCAUGCCGAACAUUAAGGGUGUCAUUAAAGUUGACCCUAAACAUAUGCCUAACCUUACUACAGGUGUCUAUAUCAUGUCGAAGAGUUCAGGGAUUAUGAAGAUUGAUUCGCCGGGCAAAUUAGGACCGGGUCUAAACAUAGAUCAGGAUGUCAUUCGGAAACAAAUUUUAGCUGCCAAGCAGAAAAAGUUGGAGGAAACCAAGAAGACUUCCCCUGUGCGUACGCCAAUGACGUCACAGAUCAAAAAGACUUAUGGCUCUGGAGGACAACAAGUGACGGAGAAGACCAUAAUAACGCCUUCUGGACAAAAGAUAAUUCAGCGCACCAUACAAAGACCAUCAGGACAUGGUGUUGAAGGGAAAUCACCUGUUACAAUACUUAACAAGAAACUUGCUCAGGGCGACAGUUUACUGCGGCGUGGCGGGUCGGGGCGGGGUCGCGGUCGCGGAGGGUAUUCCGUCGCCACUGCCGCUGGCAACAUCGUUCGCAUCCGGGACAAAGUGCCCGUCGCUUUAGAGUUUGACCAGUCGGACGCGUCGUCGGACACGUCGGACGGCAUCGAGGACCCGUUCCCGGACCCGGCGUCGCUGGGCCCGCUGCCCACGCCGUCGCCGCCGCGCGAGCUCACGCUGUGCCCGCGCUCGGGCAAGCGCCUGGCGCGCGCGGAGGGCGAGCCCACGCCGCCGCCCACGCCCUCGCCGCCGCCCACGCCGCCGCCGCAGCCCGAGCCGCCGCAGGAGCCGCUCGCCACCAUGCUCAUGAAGGUGGAAAUGUCCCCUGGAGGUACAACAGGUAUGCUGGUUCAAGGUGAUGGUGCUCAACCCUCACUUCCGGUGCUCACCGAUGAGGACGGCACGGAAGUGAAGGUAGAAGCCAGCGCCGUGAAACAGUUGCUAGAAGGAGGCGUAGGCGUGGACGACGGCGAAGAGGUCGGUCUGCUACAUGCCGGACAUACACCCAUCAUGAUCCGAGGAGAGGAUGGUGUUUUAUAUCAGGUCGCUGGUGAGAACGAGGCAGGCCAAACAUUGCUCGUGGCAGCUGAAGGAGUGGAGGGCGCCGUGGAAGGCGUAGAAGGCGCUGUUGAAGGAGACGGAGAUGUUAUGUAUGUCACCAGGGAGGAUGGUCAGGUGCUGGCCAUCGACCCGGCGCAGCUGGCGCAGCUCAUGCCGGGCGGCGAGCCCGCGCCCGCGCUGCAGCAGGUGGCCGUGCAGGUGGAGGGCGAGCCCGGCGAGGACGCCACGCAGGUCAUCGCGCAGCUGCUGCAGGCCGACCUGCCCUCGCCAGGUGGAACAAGAAGAGUAGUACUUAUGUUGCCUGAUGGCAGUUUGACUAUGACUGAACUUGAUAAGGAGCAGUAUGAAUCAAUAACGGAGGCCAGCAAAGCUCAAGAGUAAUUAAUAUAAUAUAAUAAAAAUAACACUAUGAGAUGUUUUUAGAAGAGUCUAUCAUGUAUAGAUCAAAUCUUAGGUUUCCAAAAUGUCUGUCAAAUAACUCUGUUCUGGUAGCCUGGCUUACAAUAUCUAUGGGUAUUGUAAAAUGUGCUUCUUCGUUUUACUUAAUGAUUAUACUGUUUUAGCAACAUACAUAUAUUUAAUUUAUAAUAAUGUUUGUGUGAACGAGAAAUGUAAAUAGUAGCAGGUUGGGAUGAGUGAUAAAGCAUUAUAAUUGUAAUGUACAAUAAAUUGAUAUGCAGACCAUCUUAUUGAAAGUGUUUUAACCCCUGGCCGAAAAAGAGAUGUUUGAAAAGGCCUUAAUUACUAAAAUUUUCAGCUAUAAAGAAAUUUCAGCUAUUGAAGCACCUCUUGUUGACACUAUUAUAAAGGUUUUUAUUUAUAUCGUAAAAGGAAUAAUUUUGUAAUCUUCUGGCGUUAGACAGCAGCACUACUGUAAAUCGAUAACAUUUUUAUUUUCAAGUCAUUAAGAUACGAAAAUUAUUGUAGCUGCAUAUUUGUGAUGUGAUGAAUAGAAACAUCCUAUAGACUGACUUAAGCCAGAAAAAAAAUGUUUCGAAUAUUUCAAAUGUAAAGAUGAACAAACAAAGUGAGUUUUCGACUGUUAAGUUUUGAAGCUAGUUUCGCCUGUUGUUCUUAAUUUUAUAAUAAAAGUUCUUCGUGCGAUUGUAGAUAUAUAAUAAUGAAAAAAUAAGUUAUUGGAUAUUGUCAACCUGCUGUGGGGUUAAUCUGUUCCAUUGUAUAAAUAUUUUGCGUAUGAUAGGUUCAGGUAUCUCAGCCUAAAAGAAGACUGUUGCAACACUGUAAAUAUUAUAAUUACACUAUGUGAUGUUCAUUAUAGAAUAUAAUUUAAAGAUUUAUGAUAACCUCAAUUUUGACUGAAAGUAUCAUCGAAACAGGUUCCAUAAAGCAUUUCAUACAUUACUUUAAACUUUUUCGCAAGUGUUUUCUUCCAUUACACGUAAAAAAAAUGUAUUCGUAAUUAGAAUAACUAUUAUGAUUCAUUGAAUUACAAACACAAAGCACCUGAUUUUAUAAAUAAAAUUCAAGAAAUACACUCAAGUGAUUCAUACAUCCAUAAGGAUUUUGUAUGGUUGUUGUCUUGCUAUGAAUAACAACAAAUAAUAAACCGACGACUUUAGUGUUUUGUGAUUGUAAUACAUGAUAUAAUUAGGUACCAAAAUAUUGGUAAUAAUUAUGAAAAUCUAUUGAAUAGAUAAUUUAGGAGGCACCUAAUCAAAUGUGUCCUUUUUAUGACAAUUUAAAGAAAUUCUUUGCAUGACCUAAUCCUACUCAAGUGGUCGAUUGAAAUCCAAAAUUAUUAAACUACUCAUUUGGUCCUACAGAACAGUUCAGAAUUCUAUUACUAGGAUGAAACAACGACAUAUUGAUAAAUUUAGUCUCUUAUUCUUUCUCUACAAUUCUCAGAAUUCAAUCAGACUGUCUCAAUGCAUACUUCUUUUUUAAUAAUGACGACAAAUUUUAAUGUCAUAAAAAUUAAUUUUCAAGCUGCUAUGCUGCCUAAAGAACUUGUAAAUAGUAAAUAUGUUUAAAACCGAAUGACGAAAGUUUUAUUUUGAAAUUAAACUGUUGAUGAAGUAUUGUUACGGUUCUCUAUACGCGCAGGCAUAAACGUUAAUAGAGACAUUAUUAUAUAUACGCAAUAGAAUGAGGCUGUGUUUCCUCAAACGAAGCGUAGCUUGGAAUUUUUUUAGGAACCAUUAGAAUCACAUCUAAACAAAGGAUUCUUAUGGUUUCGUACAUAACCUCACAAAAUGCCAUUGAUGAUACAAUCCAAUUGCUUUUAAAAAAACAUCCCAGGUUCAACAUAAAACUCAGUCUAAUGCUGAAAUUGCUAGGAUUGACAACAUGAAAUUUAAUUAAUAUGUACAAUACUACACGGUCUUAGUAAAUUUAGACGUAAUAAUGCACCUUCAUUGUAAAUAGAAUAAUCUUUACGGGACUUCACUUAUAAAAAAUAAACUCUUGUUAUCAGUAUCGAUGCAUGUAAAAAAAAAUUGAUGUGUUAAAUAUACAACCCCUAUGAUCAAAUUAGGUCAAAAAAUUCAACUGAAGCGAAGUGACUGAACAAGCCUACUUAAAGACUACUCAGCCAAGUUGUUUAAUUUUCACUAUUUUAGCUUAUAUUAUUAUGAUAAAUUAAAUAGUCUUAAACAUA